GGAACUGCGACGGCCACGCUCUCGCUGGCGGGGACGGCAAUGUGUGGAAUCGCUUUGAUUUUUUCUGGCGUUCGCCUCAAUUUGUCACUUCUGCAUGUAGACGCCAGAUCGCCGUCUCUUCACCCAGUCCACGAGCAACUCGAGUUUCCUAUAGAUGGUCUUAAGGCGGCGUUGCGGAGAAGGGGACCCGAUAGCUUAGGCGGAGUGAAGGUUUUUAUCUCGUCGAAAUCUUCUAGUCAUGGCGAAGAAAAUCUGUUUGAGUGCUUCAUUGAGAGGGUUGAUGAUGGAGAUGCAUUCGAGAAUCAAAAUGAUCGAUACAAGAUGGAAAAUAGUUGCUUCUGUUCGGAAAAUGGAUUGGUUCUUCAAUCAGAGAACAGUCAUAGCGAUCCCACUUCUGUUGCGGAGUUGUAUUUAAUAGGGGCUACGUUGCAGCUUAGAGGGCUUAACCCUAUUGUUCAGCCACUGAUGGAUGCUUCCCGCAAUAUUCUUGUUUACAAUGGCGAAAUAUUUGGAGGAAUACCCAUUGAGCGUGAUGAAAAUGAUGCUGAAACUCUUAUGCAAGCUCUAGGGACUUGUUGCGCCAGCAAUUUUAAUUUAGAUAUAAGCACGUGUAACGGUGAAGGUAAGGGACAAAGCACAAUCGUAGAUAUUCUUUCAAAGAUUCAAGGGCCAUGGUCAAUCAUCUACUGGCAGGAUAGAGCAAAAACUUUGUGGUUUGGUCGCGAUGCCUUUGGUAGGCGAAGUCUUCUUGUUCACUGGCCAACAGUGGAGGAUUCUCGGUUUCUGUUGUCUUCUGUAUCACCAGCUUCUUCCAUAUUUCACAGCUCUGGGCUUGAUGAUGAUAAUGGUACUUGUGAAGUGAGCUUCUGGGAAGAACUUCCAUGUGGGAUUUAUAGCAUCUCUUUUGAUGCUCAGAGCAGGGACUGUUGCCUGGUCGGUGCAGUCAAAAAGCAUGAGUGGACCAAUGAGUCACUGAAAGAACUUGUUGAGUGGAAGAGAACUCGUAUUGAACCUGAACCUGGAAAUAUCUCCGCCUCAUAUCUCAAGGAUUUUUUGUCACAGCAUGAAUGCAACUCUGGAUGUUUACAUAACUUGCAAUCCAUAUCAGGGAGUACUGAAGCUCCUGUUUCAACACCUGCGGAGAUUGUGUUGGAUGCUCUAAGAAAGUCUCUGAUCCGGCGUACUUCACUUUACACAGUUUUCCAGGGCACAACAUCUGCUUCCAGAAAAGCCGAGCUUGGUCCAGUGGCCAUUCUUUUUUCUGGUGGAUUGGAUUCUAUGAUACUAGCAGCAUUACUGGAUGAGUGCCUAGAUGCCUGUUAUGAAAUUGAUCUUCUUAAUGUCAGCUUUGAUGGUUGUUCUGCACCUGAUCGAAUCUCUGCAAAGGCUGGAGUUCAGGAACUAAGAAGGAUUGCACCUCUAAGAAGGUGGAAGCUGGUCGAGGUUGAUGCUGAUUUGUCAGAUUUGACCUCUGAAACCAAGCAUGUCAUGUCUCUAAUAAAUCCUGCAAAUACGUACAUGGACCUGAAUAUUGGAAUUGCUUUGUGGCUGGCCUCUGGUGGCAAUGGUUGGAUUUACGAAGCAAUUGACAAGGAUGAGAAGUUUCAUCGACGUGUUAAAUACAAGUCUGAGGCCAAAAUUCUCUUGGUUGGUUCUGGUGCUGAUGAGCAAUGUGCUGGCUAUGGUAGGCAUCGAACAAAAUUUAGACAAGGGGGCUGGCAUCUUUUAAACGAGGAAAUGAAAUUGGAUAUUCAGAGAAUCUGGAAGAGAAAUCUAGGGAGAGAUGAUAGAUGUAUUGCUGAUAAUGGCAAGGAGGCUAGGUUUCCAUUUUUGGAUGAAGACGUUAUAAAUACAUUGCUAUCAUUUCCUCUAUGGGAGGUCACUGACCUUGAGAAACCUGUCGGAACCGGUGAUAAGAAGAUACUUAGGGAGGUCGCGAAAUUACUUGGUCUGCAUGAAGCAGGAGCUCUAGCUAAAAGAGCAAUACAGGGGGGACACAUAUACUUUUCUUUAGAUGCUUCUGUAAUCCUAAUCCACAUUCGACUCCACUCUAGUUUGGCUCAAGGAUUGCGCGGGAAUCAAACCGUAAGAACUUCGGGAGCAACCGAGCUGCUAAUCAGGCCUCAGCAGGGAGUGUGAAGAUCAAGCAGCAUACGAGCAGCUGAGUUUUAUUUAUAAGGAUAAGUUGAAGAGAAUCUGGUUUUGUUGAACUGGCAAUUGAACUAACACCGUUGCAUCUAAGCUAUUUUGAGCAGUAUUUUGAUUUUGACUAGAAUUAA